AUGGAAGCAGGCAAAAGGAUUAAGAAAGAGCAAGAGGCUGCCUGUGCAAGAUCCGUUGAUAUUGAUUUAAGUCAUGAUUCUUCAAGCUCAAUUCGCAGUGAGGAAGUUGUAGUAGCAGCUAAUGUCAAUGAUGAGAAGGAAGAUGCUACCACAAAUAUGAGUACUUCCCGAGUAGAAGAGGAAGUCGAAGAAAAAGCGAAAGAAGAGGUUCUUGUCGAUGGACUUGUUAUAGCUACCUGUGGCGAAAUUGCAAAAGCUUUGAUGCCUUCUCAAGAAAAACCAAAACUUAAAAUAGAAGAUGAAGAGAAGGUGCUACCUAUCAUCAACAUGAUAAUGGAUUGUGAUCAUAAUAAGGCUUUCCAUGCGAAUCAAGGUAUGGAAACAAAGGAGAAUUAUCUAUAG